AUGUUCCCCAAGGUCCUUCUUACCGUCACUUUCGCAGCCAUCGCUGGAGUCGCAACCGCCAAGCCGAUCGAGGCCCGAGACAUUGACCUCGGUGGACGACCCAUUCCUGUAUGGUACUGCUGCAUCAAUAACUGCCGCAACUGUUGGUGGACCCAAUGCCAAGGCAACCCUGAAGGUUGCGCCAAUUCGUUCUUCCCGAGUUGCUGCGGUAUGAUGGUCUUCGGCAAGAGAGAUGAGGAUAUUGACAAGCAACACUACAAUAUGAAGGGCGAGUUGGUUGAGUUUAUGAGUCUGACUCUCGGGCAGGAUGGCAAGAGAGACGAGGAUGGUGGCAAGCAAUAUUACAAUGACGGUGGCGAGUUGGUUGAGUUUGUCACUCUCCCUUCAAAGUAG